UGCCUUUAAGAUUGCGACCUGCCGUAAAUGGUUACGAUAAUGUAGGAAAUCAAUAACACGUGUGAAAAAAUAUUUUAUGAAACUAGCGACACGAAUAUGUGGAUUUUGGUGUCAAUUUAUCCAUGAUACCAGUAUUUAUUCAAACUAAUAAUAUGGUGAUCCUUGCAGUUUAUACAUUGUCCGAAUCUAAAUACUUUGAGUAGUUUAAAGGAUUGAAAGGAAAGAAUCAUGUUCGUGGCAGUGGAGAUGGUUGACACUGUCAGAAUCCCCCCAUGGAAUUUCCAGCGGCAGUUCAAUGAAGCCAUAGCCGAAGAACUCAACAAGAAAUUGGCCAAUAAGGUGGUUUACCAGGUUGGCCUCUGUAUCUGUUUGUAUGACAUCACAAAACUGGAGGAUUCCUACAUAUUCCCAGGUGAUGGAGCUUCCCACACCAAAGUCAGCCUAGGAUUCUUUGAUGACAUCGUCAUUCCCCCAGAGUCCCUACAGCAGCCUGCAAAAUUCGAUGAAGCAGAGCAGGUGUGGGUGUGGGAGUAUGAGACGGACGAAGGGGCCCAUGACCUCUACAUGGACCAAGGUGAGGACAUCCGCUUCCGGGUCACAGAUGAAGUCUUCCAGGACACGUCGCCCACUGGCCCUUCUGCCGCAGCAACCGACACCUCUGCAGCUCCAGGAGCAGAGGGUGGCCAAAAGAAAGAGGCCCCUUACACACUGCUAGGUACCAUUAGCGAGCCAGGCUUGGGCCUCCUGUCCUGGUGGAACAGCUAGCCAAAGGAGAGGCCAUUACAGUAGAGAAAACAGGGAGACAGAUGUCAAGUAUUCAUCCCAGCUGCUGGACAUACACCUUCUUUUUGGACUCUUCUCGGUCACUCCUCCCAGGUUGUGACUUUAACACUGGAGAAACAUGCCUCCUGUGAAGUGUCCACAAGGUUAAUAGACACAGAACUGCAGGCUCAAGUAGAGGAGCCAGGAUUCCCAUAAUAGAAAUGGCAGACCCAAGGACAAGGGACCAGUAGCAAGGAUUUCUAAUAGAGCACACAGGCCAGGGACAUGGAGAACUGUCUCACUUGCAAAGCUGUAGAUCCACUUCCCCCUGUAUAUUGUAAAUACUACCACCAUAACUGUUAACGCACCAGCAUUUACACUCGGUGCACAUGACCGUAAGAAAGACUGACUAAAGGGCCCCAAUUGGCCUAUUUAGUGUCACCAUGUAAGUCUGAGUGUUCAGUUGAACAAAUAAUGGAGUGAGUGUGCCUAAAUAUACAAUUGUGUGUUGUCUUUUUGACCAGUAUAGUGUUUCAUCAGUGAUCAUUUUUGUUUGCAUGAUUUUGAGUUGGGUUAUUUAAGCAAUAAUGCCCAAGGAGAUGAUGGUAUAUGGCCAAUAUACCACGGCUAAGGGCUGAUCUCAGGCAUGACGCAUCGCGGACUAUUGGCCAUGCCACAAAGCCCCGACUUUUUUUUAUUGCUAUUAUAAACUGGUUACCAACAUAAUUAGAGCAGUAAAAAUAAACGUUUUGUCAUAUCUGUGGUAUAUGGCUGAUAUACCACUUCUGUCAGCCAAUCAGCAUUCAGGGCUCGAACCACCCAGUUUAUAAUUGUGUACAGGACAUGUAUCCCAAAAAUAUCAUAAAAUAACUGUCCUUGGGAGGGGUUGUCAUGAACCCACAAGCACUACACCUCACUGUAAUUUGUGUAUUUUAGUGGGUGUGAAGUUGGUCCUCUGAGGCAGUUUUUGAUAAAGCAUAGAAGCCAUAUUCUUCUAGGCCAAAUGAAUGUAUCAUAUUCUGAUCUUUAUUUUGGUUAUUUUUACUUACACCAUUACAUGAAGGAAUACAUCAGUAUGGUUUACAAUACGAACACAUACUUGUUUAAUGUAAUAACUGAUUUGACGCGUAUGAGCAUAGCAGUCUUGUUAUGCCAACAAAUUUGUAGGCAAACACACAUCACAAACAUCGCGCCCAUUCUCCCGACUACGGUGUAAUCUCAGCCAGUGGCAGCUGCGCAGCCUCAACAACACACCGCAGAUCAGUGUAUUCCGCGCGACUACGCGUAUUUACUGUUAUUUAUUUAAUUAAUGUUAUAUAAUAGUAACUGACAAGGCACACACCCGUCCUCUACCGACAAACGGACUCUAGCAAUGCAGUAAGUACAAAUAUUCAAGUACGGGUAUGCCAGCUAUUGUUUGGAUUGUAGAAAAUCUGUAUCGCCUAUUCAUUAACGUGUGACAGCCUUUUUGACCAAAGUAUAGACUAAAGGAAAUGUAUGAUAAUGACAACUGUUGGGUAUAGAAUACCUUUGACGAGGCUACUCAUCCUCUCAUCCCUACAGUCUCUGUUUGCGCGCGCCGACUUUUCGAAUGUCCUGGAAAUUAGAAAAAGUCGGAUGAUAUGCGUGUUUAUUACAGAAUAAUUUGGCAAUGCGAACUGGUCAUUCACUUAGCCCGAAAUGCACGCCUCCGCAACAUGACGAAUCAUACAAUGUUAUGAAUGUCUCAAGUAGAGGGAUUUUUCUUGUGAUAUUUAGUCACGUUGAGCCGAGUCAAUUGACUAUUUCAGAUAUUUAAUUCGGAUGUAGCCCAGAGAAAGUAUCCAGAGAUAGACUUCACUGUUGCUCUCUUUUUAAAUUGUUACUUUAUAAAAACGGAUUUAUAUCGUUCUUUAAACAGUCAAUUUGCAUUCGCGUGAAAGGAUCAUCUACUUUUCUAAUUUGACAAUUUUGGUAUUACAAUGUAGCAGCCCUAAUGUUUUGGUUUGUAGUCAUUAUCCAAUGCUUUCCCGUAUUGCAUGCUGACGUCAGAAACACACGGCUAGCCUUUUGCCAGCAGCUCUGUCGACGGCGUUCUCAACAUUCGAGCUGUCAGAGCUGUCUGUUUUACUGUAACCUUGAUGAUGCAGGCAGAGCGAAAGAAUGUAACAAUCUUAAACCAUGCAAAGCCAUCUUGGCCUUGGAGUGUGUGCUUUGUCCUAUCUUAUUGCGUGCACAUGCCAUCAAUAUGCACCACCAUAUCUUGGCACACAAUGGCUGCGUUAUUUUAAUUUUUUUAAUUGAAUCUUUAUUUAACUGCUUUUGUUGCAGCUAUUCCUAAAGCUGUGCUCCUCUUGAGCUUGAAGGGCUUGAUACACAAUGUAAACAACAGUCAUAUAUCUAAGUUGAGCCUGUUAUUGUUUGUGAGCAGACUUAGGAAUGGUUGGCAGUUGAAAUGUAUGGCAUUUGAAAGUAAAAAUGGUCUGUAAUGAAU